AUGCCACGGUUAUUCACCCCCCUCAAGGUCGGCCGCAUGGCCCUCCAACACCGCAUCGCCAUGGCUCCAAUGACUCGCCUGCGCGCUGAUUCCAGCCACGUCCCUCUGCCCUCUGUCAAAGAAUACUACCAGCAGCGCGCCGUCAUCCCCGGUACGCUCCUAGUCACCGAAGCGACUGUCAUCAGUCGCCGGCACGGCGGCUACCCAAACGUCCCCGGAAUCUACACCGACCAACAAAUCGCCGCCUGGAAGGAUGUGACAAAAGCCGUGCACGAGAAGGGCUCCUACAUCUAUCUUCAACUAUGGGCGCUUGGUCGUGCCGCCAACCCCGCCUUCCUCCAGCAGCAAGGACUCCCUCUGGUCUCCAGCAGCGACGUGCCCAUGAAGAGCGCCUUCAGCGAAGAACUCCAUCGCCCCACGCCCCUUACCGCCGAGGGCAUCCAAGACGCCAUCACAGACUUUUCCACCGCCGCGGAGCACGCCAUCGAGGCCGGCUUUGACGGCGUCGAGAUCCACGGAGCGAACGGCUAUCUCGUGGACCAGUUUCUGCAAGACGUCUCGAACAAACGCACCGACGCCUGGGGCGGCGGGGAUAUCGAGCGGCGGAACAAGUUCGCAGUCCAAGUCACUCGAGCAGUCGUUGAGGCCAUCGGACAAGACCGCACGGCAAUCCGCCUGAGUCCCUGGAGCCGCUACCAGGGAAUGCGAAUGGCCGAGCCGAUCCCGCAAUUCCGGGCUCUGGUCGAGAAGCUGGCGGACUUGAGGUUGGCCUACCUGCAUGUCUGCGAGUCUGAUGCCCAGGCAGACGACGGGCAUCUGGGCUGGCUGCUCGAUGCCUAUCGGAAUGCGGGACCGGUGGUGGUUGCUGGGAACUAUGACGGCGACAGUGCGGUCAAGGCGCUGGAGGCGCAGUAUAAAGAUCACGAUGUGGCUGUUGCCUUUGGACGGCCAUUUAUCGGCAAUCCAGACCUUGCUUUCCGAGUCACGCAGGGGAUCCCGUUUGCGUCGCAUGAUCCUACGACGAUGUAUGCGCAGACUUCGGAGGGGUACACGGAUUACAAGUACAGCGAGGAGUUUGAGGCUGUGACUGCAUCUGCCUAG